AUGAACACCUGGGCCGAUCUUGCAAAGGGUCUUCGCGACAACCGCCGCUUUCGCCUUACAAAAGAUGGCCCUGCGUGCAAGAGUCGAUUCGAGAAGCUCAUCAAGGCCCAUAGUGGCGACUCCUUGGCUGCGAUGCGGCGCAGCGGCACUGGCGAGGAAUUUGGUGAACGUGACCAAUUACUCGAAGACAUCUCGUCGCAAAUGGAAGACCACAGAGUCUUGAAAGAAGCAGGCUGUCUGUGCGGUAGAAGCGAAAAAGAAAAAUGGAAUCGAGAAGUCGGGGGUGAUUAUGCGGCAGCUCGCGAUGGAGUCCCUUGA